CAGCAAAAACACUAAGCUGUGUUCAUACAGCGCUGCGCAGAUCGAACAAGAUAUGACAUCACAGUACCGCGAGAUCAAACUUUAUCAAUACGUGCUCGAAUCGCUCACGCGAUAUUUCAACGUGACAUCCUUUCGACCUUCCUAUCAACGACACUUUUACUACGCAAGUCAGCAGCAGUGGAUUCGUUUCCCUGGAAAUGCAGACACGUGAUAAUGACAUCACCGCUGUUAGCCCCAAUUUCCCGCGAAGCAGACUACACGCGCUCAUUAUAGGAGGAAAGUCAUUGCAUGUCACUGCAGUCGCCAUGAUGCUGGGUAUACCAAGGCAGAAAAAACGAAAAAGACCUCAACAGGAUGCUGAGCAUCACAUUACUUGCAAAACAGACAAGCCUGAGCUUUAUGAGCAAGUUAUCAGCAAAUAUAAAGGACGUGGAGUUUUCACCACUGAAGCAUUUUUUAGAGGUGAUUUUGUCCUUGAAUACAGAGGUGAACUUCUGACUUCAGAGGAGAGCCUUGAUCGAUCUAAACUCUACAAUGACGUUGAGAACACAUUCUUGUUUGAUUUUCAGUGGCAUGGCAAAAAUUGGUGCAUGGAUGCAUCCAAGGAAGAUGGGUCCUUGGGAAGACUUGUAAAUGAUGAGCACAGAAAUCCUACAUGCAAAAUAAGAACUGUUGAAGUGAACAAAAAACCUCAUCUGUGUCUUUUUGCUGUACGAGAUAUCCAACCAGGAGAAGAAAUCACUUACAGUUAUGGAGAUUCAGAUUGGCCUUGGCGAGCUAAGGUAUCAUCAACAGAAUCCAGUGAUAAAAGCCCAGUCAGCAGUUUGGAUUUGCAGAAAUUGUUCCAUCAGGCUCCUCCUGUUUCCUCAUCUGCCCUGUAUAAGGUGUACAUCAAUGAACCACAUAAGCAAGUUGAGCCACAACAGUCAGGCAAAGCAAGUACAUCAGAGAAUAAAAUGAAACUCAAAGAUUGCCAUGAGCGCUUUAACAGAGCACAAAUUAAAACGAAAAAGACUGCCAUAGAGCCAUCACAAGAAUAUUUCAUGCCCUCAUCACCUGUGAUGACCACAUCAUCUUUCUCUGCACUUGUGCAGCCCUCAUCACCUGUGAAGACCACAUCAUCGUCCUCUUCUCCUGUGCAGCCCUCAUCACCUGUGAAGACCACAUCAUCUUCCUCUGCACUUGUGCAGCCCUCAUCAUCUGUGAUGACCACAUCAUCGUCCUCUUCUCCUGUGCAGCCCUCAUCACCUGUGAAGACCACAUCAUCUUCCUCUGCACUUGUGCAGCCCUCAUCAUCUGUGAUGACCACAUCAUCGUCCUCUUCUCCUGUGCAGCCCUCAUCACCUGUGAAGACCACAUCAUCUUCCUCUGCACUUGUGCAGCCCUCAUCAUCUGUGAUGACCACAUCAUCGUCCUCUUCUCCUGUGCAGCCCUCAUCACCUGUGAUGACCACAUCAUCUUUCUCUGCACUUGUGCAGCCCUCAUCACCUGUGAAGACCACAUCAUCGUCCUCUUCUCCUGUGCAGCCCUCAUCACCUGUGAAGACCACAUCAUCGUCCUCUUCUCCUGUGCAGCCCUCAUCACCUGUGAUGACCACAUCAUCGUCCUCUUCUCCUGUGCAUCCCUCUACACCCUUGCCCUGUGCUGCUUCCACCCCUGUGAUUUCCUCAUCACAGGUGUCUGAGACACUAUCUUUAAUGGAGAUGCACUCAUUAAGGCAAUCAAGAAAAAGACAGUAUUCUGGGAGUGCCUACAGUGAUUCAGAUGUUACGGACUACAGUGAUGUUGACUACAUACCCCAGUUCAGCUCAGAUGAAUCAGAUGGAAGUGCUUCUGGACAAAGCAAGGCUGAAAGGAGUUCAGAUGGAUCAAACAAUAAGUCUGAAUGUAGUGAUCCUAGACCCAACAAACGUUUAAGACAUACUAAAUCACCCCUUUUAAAAAGGAAAGCUGAAGAGGCAGGUAGUUCAUCUGCCAAAUGUAUGACAGCAGUGUCAUCAAAAAGGAUGAAAUGCCAAACUGAAGAGACCGAAACCUCAUCUGACAAAAAGACUUUGGUUCAGUCAAUGCCAUCACCACAAAAAAAGAGCAGGUCAUAUAACAAAAAACAGUAUUGCCUUUAUUGCUCUAAGCCAUAUGCAAAAAUGGCAAGACACCUUGAGUUUGUACAUCGCAAUGAAGUAGAGGUUGCAAAGGCUGUAGCUUUCCCAAAACGUUCCAAAGAACGAAGAGUCAAGUUAAACCUUCUUAGAAAAAAGGGCAACUUUGCUCACAACACAGAUGUGGUGAGAAAAGGGGAAGGUGAGAUGAUUGCCUGCUACCGUCCAAAAAAGUGCAAAAACCCCAAAGAAUUUAUCCACUGUAUUCACUGUCAAGGCCUUUACAACAAGCUCAGCCUAUGGAAACACAUUAAAAACUGUCCACUUAAACCAAAGGAUGAUGAAGCUCAGGGCAGAAAAAGAGUAAGAUCUCUUUGUGCCCUAAAAACACCUGUUGGCUUAGAGGUGAGUAAAGGUUUCAAGAAAGUACUUUCCCUGAUGAACUAUGACGAAGUUUCAAGGGUGAUUCAUAGUGACGGAUGCAUCAUGCAACUGGGAGAGCACAUGUUUAACAGGAUGGGAUCUGAUGUGACCAAACAUGACUACAUCCGACAGAAAAUGAGAGAAGUUGGCAGACUUCUUCUUGAAGCAAGAAGGAUAACCCCACUGAAAACAAUGGAGGACUUCAUGAUACCAGCAAACUUCAAACAUGUCAUAUCAGCUGUGAAAGUUGUGUCUGGCUUUGACGAAGAGAAGAACUCUUACCGCAUUCCCUCUUUAGCCCUCAAACUUGGACAUUCUUUAAAAAAGAUCUGUAGCAUUGUUGAAAGUAAUGCGAUGAUGUAUGGAGACCAUGAGCGUGCUGAGUGUGCUCGAGACUUCAGAAAAGUACACCAAGCAAGGUGGAAUGAAUACAUUUCUGCUGGUGCUAUAACUGCAUUGAAGGAAGCCAAGUGGAAUGCACCACAGAUCAUUCCUUUCACUCAGGAUGUCAAAGUCCUGCACGCACAUCUAGAAAAGAAACGGGAUAAAUUCCUUAAUAAACUUAAAAACUGCCCCUCUGCAGACAGCUAUGCUGCUUUGGCCAAAGUCACACUCUCCCAAGUUAUCCUGUUCAAUAGACGAAGAGAAGGUGAGGUGUCACGGAUGCUUUUGUCAGCUUUUCAAAGCCGGGAUUCUUCUGAGCUGCAUGAAGACAUAGCCAUCUGUCUUUCUGAGUUUGAGAGGAAGCUGUGUAAACACUUUACCAGAGUAGAGAUCCGUGGUAAGCGAGGGAGAAAGGUCCCUGUCCUCCUCAAACCUUCAUUGAUUUCUGCCAUGGAGCUGCUUGUUGAAACACGUGAGGCUUGUGGUGUCCCAAAUGAGAAUCCUUUUAUGUUUGCCAGAUCUGGUGCAAUGUCUGCCUACAGAGGAGGAGAGUGCAUAAGUAAAGCUGCUCGUGAAUGUGGCAUUAAGAAUCCUGAAGCUCUUUCCUCAACCAGGCUCAGGAAACACAUAGCUACCAUGUCAAAGAUUCUCAACCUUGAUGAAAAUGAAGCAGAUCAACUGGCUGAUUUUCUCGGUCACGAUAUAAGGAUCCACAGACAGUAUUACCGGUUACCAGAGGGGACAUUGCAGCUGGCAAAAAUGAGUAAGGUCUUAAUGGCAAUGGAGAAAGGAACACUGUCCAGCUUUAAAGGAAAGAGACUUGAUGACAUUGAAAUCGACCCAAAUGAGCAACUUGAGGCCGAAGGUGAUUCAAUGUCAAGUGAUGAAGAGGAUUGUAGUGACCUGCCUCAGACAACAUCACCAGUACCAGCAGAGACUGAUCAACCAUCUGCUUCCCAGAAAGAUCAAGGUUCAUCAAUACCUCCAAAAAGAAAAUGGGAAGAAGUUGAGGUAAAAGCUGUUGAAAAACACAUGAUGAAGUUCAUAAAGACAUGCAAAGUUCCUGGUAAGCAAGACUGCGAGAGAUGCAUUCAAGCAGAGCCAGAAGCCUUGAAGGAACGUACUUGGACUGGUGUGAAAAAUUAUGUGAGAAACAGGAUCACCACUUUAAAAAAACAGGGUGGAUUAUAGGGGAGCAAAUAAAAAACACUUUUCUUUUUACUGUAAAAAAACAGAGCAUGGUGAGGAAAAGUUGCCAUGUUACAAAAACAUAAAAUAAUGAAUGCCUUUUCUAGAAUAACUUUUUAACAUGUUUAGGGCUGCAAAAUGAUGAAUUAUGACUAAUCGUUUGCAGAAUAAAAGUUUUUUUUUACAUCAUAUGUGUGUAUACUGUGUAUAAUAAUUAUCUAUAUAUAAAUACACACACAUGCAUGUUUAUAUGUAAUUUAUAUUAUAUAAACACUUAAAAUAUAAAUAGAUUUUGUUUCUUCAAAUUAUACAUUCAUGUGUGUGUAUGAGCUACAUAAUUAUUAUACACAGUACACACAUAUAUGAUGUAAACAAAAGCUUUUCUUCUGCAAACGAUUCAUCAUUUUGUAUGUUUGUAAUAUAUAAUAGGUUCCUUUCAGACAAACUAUAUUUAUAGUUUACACAUCAUGCUCUGUUUUUUUAAAAAUGAGUGAAAAUAGUAAGGAAGAGUAAAGGUGUAUGAAGAGGGAGAAUUUGUUUGAGUACAGGAGGAAACAGAAUAUUAAUGAGGUAAGCAAGACAGGAGAAGAGAGAGGAUUGAAUGUAAUGGUUAGACGAUAAUUUCUGUAAAAAGCUGAGGAAAGCAAAAAGAACAAGCUGAACUGACAAAUUUCUAAUUUUCAUUUUUUGUUUACAUGCAUGUUUACAUGUUGUUAUAUGUUUACAUGUUGCUAUUUUUUUCUGUCAACAUAUUCUGUUCUAUAUGCACUUUUAAAAUAUGUCAGUAUUGUUUAUUUCCUUUAAUUGUAAUUACAAUUGUUCAAUGUAGACAGAAGUUAAUUGAGUGAACUGAAAGUAAAGAGAUAAAAGGAGAAGCAAAGAUAAAAGAGAAGAGGGAGGAGCAAAAGGAAAGUGAAGUGGGAGGAGCAAGGUAGAAGGCAAGAAAGUAAAGGUGAAGAAAAGAGUGAAAGAGUUCAUAUCAGUUUCAUUGAUUAUACUGUCCUAUAUUUUAUACUGACACUUUUAUUGGCAAACUAAAAUGCACUUAACUUUUAAGUAACUGUGUUUAUGGUUAAGUGCUGUUACUGAUAUUGCCUAAAACUUCUGACAUUUAUAGCAUGCAUUUGCAUGGUAAAUAAAUGGUUUGGAAGUCA